GGCCGCCGGGAGCAUCCUGUGGCCUCUCUCCGCGCGGCUACCCGGCCGCGGCGCGAAGCGGUCUGGAGGGCGAGCCCUUCCGCGGCCCCAACUCUGCCGCCUGGUUCCCGGCAUUGGGAACCAGGGCAGGGAGGGGGCGGGUGUUUCUCUGCGGGGGAGUGGGGAGGAAGCUGGGCGGGUGCGCGCGGUGCUCCAAGCUUGGAACCAAGGAGGGCGCGUUGGUCUUGGGCUGGUGGAGGGUGGGUCGCACUGCCGCGGGGAGUGGAGGCGGGGCACCCGGGCGUGUCGGGAGGCUGGGGCCGGCGGCACUCGCUUGGCGAGGGUGGGGGCGUAGCGCUGCGGUGGCGGGAGGAGGCUCCGGCCCUGGUCUCUACUCUAGGCCGGGGUCGGGGGCGCAUAGCGGCCGCCGGAGCUUUCAGCAGGGGGCGCUGCUCCGGGCGUUGGGCGGGGGGUGGGGUGGGCCAGGAGGGGGGGCCGCGGCUGGCCGCGCACACUUCCCCCAUUAUUAAACACUAUGUUCAAAAGGCGCCGGGGGACUUCCCGGAGCCACGGAGCCCGCGCCGCCCGCCCGCCCAGCCCACGGAUCCCAUGGACCUGAACGCCGCCGCCGCGCUGUGCCUCUGGCUGCUGAGCGCCUGCCGCCCCCGCGACGGGCUGGAAGCGGCCGCUGUGCUGCGAGCGGCGGGGGCUGGGCCGGUCCGGAGCCCGGGGGGCGGCGGCGGCGGCGGCAGCGGCGGGCGGACUCUUGCCCAGGCUACGGGCGCCGCGGCUGUCCCGGCCGCUGCGGUUCCCCGGGCCCGCGCCGUGCGCCGCGCCGCGGGCUCCGGCUUCAGGAACGGCUCGGUGGUGCCGCACCACUUCAUGAUGUCGCUUUACCGGAGCCUGGCCGGGAGGGCUCCGGCCGGGGCAGCCGCUGUCUCCGCCUCGGGCCAUGGUCGCGCGGACACGAUCACCGGCUUCACAGACCAGGCGACCCAAGACGAAUCGGCAGCCGAAACAGGCCAGAGCUUCCUGUUCGACGUGUCCAGCCUUAACGACGCAGACGAGGUGGUGGGUGCCGAGCUGCGCGUGCUGCGCCGGGGAUCUCCAGAGCCGGGCCCAGGCAGCUGGACAUCUCCGCCGUUGCUGCUGCUGUCCACGUGCCCAGGCGCCGCCCGAGCGCCACGCCUGCUGUACUCGCGGGCAGCUGAGCCCAUAGUCGGUCAGCGCUGGGAGGCGUUCGACGUGGCGGACGCCAUGAGGCGCCACCGUCGUGAACCGCGCCCCCCCCGCGCGUUCUGCCUCUUGCUGCGCGCAGUGGCAGGCCCGGUGCGGAGCCCGUUGGCACUGCGGCGGCUGGGCUUCGGCUGGCCGGGCGGAGGGGGCUCUGCGGCAGAGGAGCGCGCGCUGCUAGUCGUUUCCUCCCGCACGCAGAGGAAAGAGAGCUUAUUCCGGGAGAUCCGCGCCCAGGCCCGCGCACUCGGGGCCGCUCUGGCCUCAGAGCAGCCGCCCGACCCAGGAACCGGCACCGGGUCGCCAAGGGCAGUCAUUGGCGGCCGCAGACGGAGGAGGACGGCCUUGGCCGGGACGCGGACUGCGCAGGGCAGCGGCGGGGGAGCGGGCCGGGGCCACGGGCGCAGGGGCCGGAGCCGCUGCAGCCGCAAGCCACUGCACGUGGACUUCAAGGAGCUCGGCUGGGACGACUGGAUCAUCGCGCCGCUGGACUAUGAGGCGUACCACUGCGAGGGCCUUUGUGACUUCCCUCUGCGUUCGCACCUCGAGCCCACCAACCACGCCAUCAUUCAGACGCUGCUCAACUCCAUGGCGCCAGACGCGGCGCCGGCCUCCUGCUGUGUGCCCGCACGCCUCAGCCCCAUCAGCAUCCUCUACAUCGACGCCGCCAACAACGUUGUCUACAAGCAAUACGAGGACAUGGUGGUGGAGGCCUGCGGCUGCAGGUAGCGCGCGGGCCGGGGAGGGGGCAGCCACGCGGCCGAGGAUCCCCAGCUGAUGAGCAGCAGCGGGCC